ACAGAAAUAGUAUGUCUGUUCUUUUCUAAUGUUCGAACUUGCCGAAGCGCGGAGCUGCUUGUUGCUUGCGUCUGAAAUCUGGCGUCACUGUAUGUAGCCAUAAUAUUUGCUGAGGGCAUUACGAGUUUUUUGUAAAUAUUAAUGGUUAUAGAAGUUUAUUCCCCGUUGAAAUGGAAAGUUCCAAUCCUUCGACAGUGGUGAAAGAUACAGUUGAGAACAUAAUGAGCAAUGAAACUGUUCUCGCUGAAAAGGCAAAUGGAGAUUGUGAUGUUGAUGUAGAGGUUGAAGCAGAAGACGAUAAUAUACAAUAUCAUUUAUAUGCAGUAAACAGAGGUGACAGUACAAUGAUGUAUAAAGUAUUGCAAGUCAACGACGACAACAGAGUGAACAAUGAGUUUUCGAUAGCUACUCCUGUGAAUAAUACCGUUCAAGUUUUGACUUCUCCAUUAAAUGGACAGUUGUAUCUGCUUAGCAAUAAUAGCAACAUUGUAGCAUCAGCAGACUCUGCGAGAGCAGUUGCGCCUCGUGUAGCUAAAUUGCAGAUAGAAGGAUCGCCGAAUAUCGUCACAAGUGUGAAAAAGAGGGACGAGAGACGGAGGGUCACGCACAAUGAAGUUGAGAGACGCAGAAGGGAUAAGAUCAACAAUUGGAUUUCCAAACUGGGAAAGCUUCUGGCAGAGUGUGAUCAAGAUGUGAACAAGGAAGGAGAAGCAAAAGCGAAUUUUGAAUCACAAAGCAAAGGGGGUAUACUAGCACGAGCUUGUGAGUACAUUACAGAAUUGAGAGAGACUCAGGAAAAACUAGUUGAGAGUUUGGACGAAAAGGCGCAGUUGAUGGAAGAAGCUAAGAAUCUCCGACAAGUCGUAAAUCAAUUAAGGGACGAAAAUUCAAAGCUGAAGGACCAAAUUGAAAAAAGGAAUGUAUUUAUGAUCAGUACUUAGGCCUUUGUAGGAGUUGACAAGUUGACAUUAGACAAAUUGAAAUCUUUCUACGAAUGGUACCUUGCAUUAUUAAUAAAUAUAUAUAUAUAUAUAUGUAUAUCUUUUUUUAUCGAUUACUAAAGAAUCGUCAAUAAAGGAGUAACAAGAUAUAAUAGUUAUAAAAUGUUUAUUUACAUAUGUGUAACUCAGCACAUAUACUUCUAUAUAUAUAUGCUCGUAUCUGGAAAACAAUGACAAUUAUAUAACGUUCUACUGUACAUAUUGUAAACAAUAUAAUUAUUUAUAACACGAACAAUCGAUCUCGCAAUGAUAA